GGCUGGCUGUCUCACCAUCGGAAUAUGCCUGUCCUGAAUGAUGCGCUUCUCUCCCCAAGCAUGACACACUUACUGGGCUAAGGAGCUGAGCCACGGGACGAGGCACGGGACAGAGACAGGACAGAGUCGGACGAACAUGAUGAUGAGGAUGCGGGGAACAAAAAGGCAGAUAAGAGCUAAUGGCGAUGCCUUUAUAUCGACAGAGAAAUGUUUAUAGAGAAAGAAGACAAAUAAAUAAAAGAUCUGCGGAUUGGAGGGUGGUGACAGUGAUGAUGAUGAGGAUGUUGUAGGCUAAGGACGGGACCGCUCGGAGGAGGAUGCUCGGACGAUCGGAGCGCUUCUCUGCUCAGUGUUGAUCAUCGUGCGAGUAAAUCUCGGGUAUCACCGAGAGUUUAACGAAGCGCUAUUCUAAGGAGGUGAGGCCAAGUCCCGAGAGAGAGAGAGAGAGAGAGAGAGAGAGAGAGAGAGAGAGAGAGAGAGAGAGAGAGAGGGAGGGAGAAAGAGAGAGAGAGAGAGAGAGAGAGAGAGAGAGAGAGAGAGAGAGAGAGAGAGGACUGGGGGAUCAUUGUGUUGCUGCUGUUGUCAGUGAUGUGAAGCGACAUUAAGGAGCUGAUGAAAGGACUUCUAGUUGUGCGUGGACACAUUUCUACAUCUUCUUUGCAGCAGCACUGUGUGGUAGAGACCAGUUGAAGUUGGCUUCCUGCCUGUUGAGAUGUGCCAAUAGGAAACACUGUGAACAGGGGUUCAUGCUGAUGAAAUUGAUCUGCUCAGCAGUGAGCUCCAACCAGAGCCAUGGGGAGUACCCAGACUGCCGGAGUGAGAGGGAGUCGGGAGGGGAGGCGUCUCUCCUGGUGUCUCCGCUGGUGGUGGCGGGGAUCGUUAUAGGUCUGGUCCUCUUCCUCUCCUGCAUCACCAUCAUCGUCGGCAGCCUGCGCAAAGACAGUCGACUCCGAAACCCACACCUCCGAGCUAGCUACGGUCUGGAUGGUUUUUCCUACGGAGGUUCAGUAGGAGAACUGAGAUCUACCUGCUUAGAAGACUUUCCUCCUGGUUUAGACUUUGAUUCAUACAGAGAGACUCUGUCACAGGUCAACAACCUGUACCCCGACUCACCGCCACGUUACGAUGAGUGUGUUGGCCCAGGUUCGACUCAGAUCUACCUACCUACAGAUGACCCGCCUCCUUACUCCCUAUUGGACCCCUUUCAGAGAGGGGCAGAGCAGGAGGAGCAGCCUAACUACAGCAGUCUGGAUCCUUCUCCAUACUACGGAGAGACCUCGGCCAGUGCUGCCCGGUUCUCCCCCUCCCACUACCCGCUGGGACUACAGGAGCAGGAGCAUCAACAUGUUGCAUCCAUCUCCUUCCCGCUGGAGGCGGCGCCGCCUUAUGAGUCAGUGUUGGCCGAGCAGGGACAGCCCCUCCCUCUCAUGCCAUGCGACCUUUAUAAACACCAAUCAGAGAGGGAGGAUGAUGGCAACUCCCGGCAGCCAGGGGCGAACCAGAUCUUGUAGGACAAUUAAUUUGUUUCUUUCACUUGCGCUCUUGGUUGUCCCCGGUUGAAUUAAACAAACACUUGUGAUGUGGGCCACAAAAUAGCUGUUAGGAGCAGCUGUGACACCAAACAAUGGACACUAAUGAGAUUUCCCACACAGUUGCAAACACCUACACCUGUAAUAAGGCUGAAAAUUAGCUUCUCAGUGGACUGAAAUUAAGCCGGGAUUCCAGUUUUUAACAAUGUAACUACAGUUUGUUUCUGGACGAAGUAAAAACUCACCAAUUGCGCUGUAUUGUAAAGUUUCUGGAAAGACAGCUUCUCUUACACAAAGGUUUGUCGUCCCACUGAUGCUCCCUUUGACAAAGACUCUUCUCCAUUAACACCAUUGUCUUGUUAAGUUUUUGCCAUAUUUUGACUGUUUUAUCUGUCUUUCUUCAACCAGGACUAAUUAUGAAGAGUUGUGUUUGGAGUUUAGGCCGCUACAAAAUGCUAACAAUAUCAAUGUGGUGUUUAGUAGAAUAGUUUAAGGUAUACACAAGCACACAGAGUACUCCCCCCUCUCAUCUUUUUUGGUAUGAUCCUCACCUUCCAGUCUAUUUAAAUGAUGUUUUGGACAAGAGUAUAAUUACUACUUAGUUGUGUACGACAUCCUCAACUACCAGAACACCACUGCUGAUCUGCAGUCUCUGUAGUGUGCAAACAUUUAGAGCAGUGUGCUGUUCUGUAGCUUCCAGUGUGGUGGUAGUAUCCUCGUGGUUAGAAGAACGACUUUGUGAUGAAAUGGUUGUGACCAUGAAAUCCAAUCUAAUUAGGAAACUAUACCUGGACAGGAAGAGUGCAUUAUCAACACUCAGUUGUGUCAUACUGUAUACACACCCAGCUUUCCAGUUAUAAGUCACCAUGAUGAUGUUGUGUACGUCAUUGUUAAAUAUUUGCAGCAUACAUCUGUCAUCACCAGAAUGAGAACCACUAUUGUACAAAUUGCCAUAACUCUUUCUGUCAAGGGCUCUGGUUUGAAUAUAUAUUCUGUAAGUGGACCCCAGCAGCAAAAUGUAGCCCAGAGCCCGCCUCCUGACGAGGUCAAGGUUGAUGUAUCAGAGAAGUUACACAUUAAACUGUAGACCAUAACACACUGUUUACUGGA